UUCCGUCCCCCGGUCCCCCCCACACGUGCCCCGGCUUUGUGCGCGCGGGCGGGCGGGCGGUCCCGCCGCCACAUCCCGGUCCCUUUCGCUUUCCCUUUCUCUUCACCCUCCCAUGGCGGCCUGGUUCGCGCUCAGGGCGGAGGAGGACGAGGCGGAGGACGAGGCGAACCUCUGGAAGUACGACUCCACCUGGGAGGGGGAGGAGGAGGACGAGGAGGAGGAGGAUGGCGGCGGAGGCGAGCCGGAGGGAGCGGCGGCGGAGGAGCCGGAGGAUGCGGGGGAGCAGCCGGGGCAGGGCCGGGCGCGGGUCUGCCGCUACAGCCAGGAUCAAAGCUCAAAUUCCUCACUGCUCUCUUGGAGGGGUUUUCAGUGCAGUGGGAGGCGCAACUGGACUGCGGCCAGGGACCUGCAGAGAUACAGAAACCAUUACCCAGAUUUGAAAGAACCAGAGUAUGAGGAGGAAGAAGAGAUGUGGAACUUACGCUUUUAUAAAAAUAAGAGUGCUUUUCUGCCUCACGGUGUGUUUAUUGAAACUCUGCUUUCAUGCUGGGGGGACAAGUAUGAAACGCUGGAAGAAAACCAUUCUUACAUACAGUGGCUGUUCCCUUUGCGUGAACAUGGGAUGAACUGGCAUGCCAGGCCACUCACCUGUCAAGAAAUCAAGGCCUUUAGGAAGUCGAAAGAAGUUAUGGACAGGUUUAUCCGUGCUUACAAGCUCAUGCUGGGAUUUUAUGGAAUCAAUAUGGUCAACGAAGAAACUGGAGAACUUGAGAGAGCAGAGAAUUGGCAUGAACGAUUUGAAAACUUGAACAGGUUCAGCCACAACAAUUUGAGGAUUACUCGCAUCCUGAAGUGCCUGGGGGAAAUGGGAUAUGAAGACUAUCAAGUGCACUUGGUGAAGUUUUUCCUCACAGAAACUCUUGUCGAGGAGACAUUACCAAAUGUCAAGAGAAGUGCCUUGGAUUACUUCUUGUUCACUGUCAGAAGCAAAGAGAAGAGGAGAGAACUUGUCCACUAUGCUUGGCAACACUUCAAACCUCAGAGCAGCUUUGUGUGGGGGCCUCGUGACAAACUCCAGAAGUACAGACCCCGCUCUGCCAAGCCACAGCGGCACCAAAGGCCUGAGGAUAAACAGGACACUCUGUGUCAAAAGGAUGAUUCUCUGGAGAAGGAUCAGAACCAGUCUCCAGAGGUGGAGCAGAAAGCUGGAGAUGCUGCAAAGUUGCAGCCUGAAAUGAGUGAUGAACACGUGAAGAAGAUAAGCAAGCAUGUUUUGAUGGUAGGAGAUGAUGAAGAGAAGAAAGCAGCUUUAUUUGCCCAGCUGGAGGAAAAGGAUAUAAAAAGUGAAGCUGAAGAAGUGCAUGGUACAGCAGAGAAUGACUGCACAAAGGAGAGCAAGAAGAGAAAACUGAAUGCAAAUCUGGCAGAUGCUAAAGGAGAUGGAUCAUUGAAAACCUCUGCUGAUAUUGAAAACAUUUCCCAUAAUCUGGGAGAGUGUGCAAUUGAUGCAGAGAUCCCCUCCUCAGACCCAGUCUCCCAGGCAGAAGAGAAGCAGGAAGCACUGAAGGAAGAAGAUUCAAGCACCAAAGAGCCGGCGGCGCCGGAGGCCACAGAUGCAGCUGUGAAACGCAGGAAAGUUGAUAAAAAAACAUUGAGAAACAAACCAGUCAGCUUGGCCAUAAACCUGAGCAUGGAGCCCUCAGCCUCUGAUGCCAAGGCAAAUCCUGCUGCAAACGGUGAGGCUGGAGAAGAAAAUGCCAGUGAGAAAAAUGCAGAUGUGGAAGUGCCAAGUGAGAAGGAGGGUGGUGGUGCAGGUGAUGGGGCUGUGAGAUCCCCGGCUGAUGCCAAGCCCCCCAGGACUGGCUGCACUGCUCCAAGCAAGGAUGGCUGGAAGUCCAGUGGAGCUCCAGACUCAGCAGGGGGUGAUCAGCACCACUGCAACAGCAAACUGCAGGGGGGUGAAAGUGAACUAGAUGGGCUAGAACAGCAGGAAAAGGCAGGUGAAAAAGGACAAGCAGAGGACACAGAAAAGAAGCAAGCUCCAGAGAGUCAUGAGCAGAGCACGACACCCACUUGUCCUGAAGAAAGCAGUGCUGAGGUCCCACCAGAAAAAGGUGAAGGCUCUGAGGAUGCAGCAGAACAUAGUGGAGAGCAGGGAACAGCAGAGUGAGAGCAGCACAGCGAGCGCCCGAGCCAGCGGAGAUGGCACUGCCCUGUCUGCUGGGAGCCAGCUUUGGUGGCUUGGAGAACUGAAUAAACUUCCUCUGGAUUGAUCCAGCUCGCCCCUGUCUUGCUUUCACUCUUCCAUGGUUUUUUAAUAAUCUCUAGUAAACUCACUGAGAUCCAGCUCUUGGUUACCCUAAAGAGGAAAACUCUUCAUUUGCUCAUCUUCACGGACAGGCCGUGUCCUGUUCCUGGGUUUUAUCUGAUGUUCAGGGCUAUCUUGGAGCAACGGGGAUUUUUGCACUUUGCUUUGAUUCUGGUAAUGUCCCUGCUGAAAGAGAAGAGGAAAACUGAUCUGUCUCCUUGUUUGAAUUAUUUAACUUUUGUUAAAGACACAAUUUUUAAUGUAAGACAGCAUGACCUACUUUGCCAGGCCUUUCUACUGCUGUGUAACCUCUGUUUGUUAUUGUGAAAGGCUGUACCUUACCAGGAGAUUUUCCUGGCAAAAGUGCUAUUUCUCUAAAAGAGAUGAGUACAUGGAUUUCACAUGAUGUCAGUAUAGAUGCCUCUCCUCCUGUAAGGAAAGUAGGUUUGGCUUUAGACUGGGAUAAAAAACUGUAGCCAAAAUGUGUCUCUGACCAGUAUGAACCUUUGUGUAGAGAUUGUUUUCUGAGGUGCAAAGUGCUGAGUAAUUAUUUCUCUUUAUCCCCACAGAGGUUGCUUUGUAGUUCUUGUUAGAGUUAAGACUACAAAUUGCCUGCUGGUUUCUAAGAGAAAAAGCUCCAGGUUUUGCAUAAAACUCUUCAGAGUGCUCUUCCCCAGAUUUUCCCACCACUUCUAGACCCUUUCUAGUCUUCCACAGAUUUUUGUGUCCAUGACUGUUUCAAAGGCCCUCAUCUUUCAGUUGCCAAAGCAGCACAAAUACUUCCCAGUGCAUUUUUUCAGCUUUUGCUGGUAAUUUGCAGUGGCCUGGGGAGGCUCUUUCCUGCAGGCCCAUGGCAUGAUGUUUGAUGUGUCAGAUCCAACCUUUUUCCUACUUAGGGCAGGGUUGCUUUGCCUUUAAUGUCAGACAGCCAGGGCAUGUUCCAGUGCAGCAUGUCUAGAAACCACUGGGCUUUGUGGGGCAGUUAAUUGAAACGUUAAUUGGAGAGGCUAUGCUUGUCUGGUUCGUUUAUUUCCAGCCCUCAAGAAUUUACUUUCAGACCUUGCCAGCUCUUUGCCUGCCUCAGUGUUCCUGACCUCCCUUUCAGCUGUUCUGCCACACUUACACAAUACUCCACCGAGUCUGAAGGAGCAUUAAAACAGUUUAGCAACUUCACUCCUACAAAUUUACAACAGAGGAUCUGUUUCAUGAGGCAGAGAAAAUUGUUUCCAACAGCCCAAAGGUCUGAACUUGCUGUUUGCUCAGGUUGUUUGGGUUGGUUUUGAGGUUCUUUGGUGCUGUUUGGUUUCUGUUGGAGAUGGUCAGAGAGCAGAUACAGCAGCUUGUGCAGUGUCAGUGUUUUUCCUCUCUGCUACAGCUCUUAAGAAGCUUUAUCUUUCAAGGAAUUUGAGGGGUGAUUUGUCUUCCCAGACUGUAGAUUCUGAUCCAGCAUGCCACAUAUGUGUGUGGAAAUAAAAGUCUGCAAGCUUAACAUCUGAUGUUCAGGGUCACAUACGUACUGAAAAAAGGCUUUAAUGUUUUUUAAAUACUUCUUUCUUCUUGAGAACAGAUGGAGUUAAAUAGCCAAUAAGAAUACACUUAACUACAGAUACAAAUACUUGAAGAUGAUGAGUGAUAAUUCUUUCCUAACGGAUUCCUAAGAAUUGUUAAUUGUGGCUUUUGUACAGAUUUAUAGUAAUUUUCUUAUUUAAUGAAGUUUUCAUUGUGAAUAUGUGCUCAGUUGGGGCAUAGAUCCUAUAUCUUGCUAUGGUGAGGUUUGGUUUUGUGUUUAAUGGGAUUUCACUGUGAGCCCCAGCCUGGAGUGAGUGCUCAGACCAGCCCCUUCCCUCCUACCAGGUUUAGUUUUGGCUGUGGGUGUGUGUGGUGAGUUCACAAAGUGUUUCCCAGCACUCAGAGCUGUAUCACAGAGUCUGUUAUGUUAAUUCCCCUAUUAAAGCAUGACUUUAAUGCAUACCAGUUUCCACUUACAUUUUUUCAUUUGAGGGUAGGAUAUGACCAUGUAUUUACCCUCCUUCCUGGAUCAUGAGCUGUUGCUUGGUGCCCUCCAGUGAGUGGGUGCUCUGCUGGGUUCCCCAUGGCACAUCUGCUGCUGCUUCCAUGUGGAGGUGAUGCCCAGUCUUCCUCACCUCUAAAACAUGCCCAGUGAAUGUUU